GCUGUAGGAUUCGCGCCCGUCGGGCCUUUAGGGCACGCACUACUCCCCAUGCCCCUAUGCACCCGACCUGUCGGAGGCCUUCCGAGAGGAAGUCGCACCCAGCCAGGAGGCACACUGCCAUCAGGUCUUGCCCUGAGAUCGACACACCAUCAUCAUUCUCCAGGGCCACCCACUCUCCGGAGUGAUUGUCCGGAAGCAGCCUCGCGUGCAGACGCAGGUCCUUGUACAGGCGGCGGGCCCCGUACAGCAGGGCAUCGCCGUCGCUCGAGACUACCGAGUCCACCAGGCCUUGACAAUACAUCACGGCACAGAGAGCCUCCCCUUCGCCGCCUGCCUGCUCGUAAGGCAAUCCCAUCGCAUCUAACAAUUUUUUCACGUCCU